AUGCCUGCCACAACCUCCGGAAGAAUAAUUAAGACCCGUAAGGGCAAGAAGGGUACUGCCCAUCAAAAGAAUCAUCGAUGGGAAUCUUUUACUACAAAAAUCUCGAAAUUAAACUCCCUCGAUCCACUACGAAGAGUUCGUCGUCAUGACCUCGAUGCCGAAGAUACUUCUGCGACAACAUCAUAUUUCAAAGCCAGUCUAGAGAAAUGGACCGAACUCAAUUUGUCGUCUGGGUUCCAAUCCUUCACGGAGGAGGUACUUCCAUUAUGCGACAGUUUACCGCAGAUUCUACAUUUCCAGGAUAAGAUUAUGGGUCUUUUCGUCACUUAUAUGGAAGGAAACCAAAGGGAAUCGUUAGAGCCAUUGUUGGAGUUAAUUACAGACUUUGCCCAUGAUUUGGGUCCUCGGUUCGAAAAACAUUAUGCGAAAGCUUUGGAAUUGGUUACGUCGACGAUAGCAGGCACUGGAAAAGAUGUCGCAGUUAUCGAAUGGUGUUUUACAUGCCUAACAUUUUUGUUCAAAUAUUUGUCAAAACUUAUUGUACCAGAUUUACGACCUACAUAUGAUCUAAUGGCACCAUUACUCGGAAAAAGUGCCCAACCUCCACAUAUUGCCCGGUUCGCUGCGGAGGCUAUGAGCUUUCUCAUCAAAAAAGCUGGCGCACCUGCCCACCGAGCAAAGGCUCUUCCAUUAAUCGUCAAUCAUGCGAAAUCAGAUCUUUUGAGUAUCGCGGAUACCAAACAAUUCGGCCUAUACUACCAUGGAAUAAUGACCAUGUUCGCGGAGGCUAUGAAGGGUAACGGGUUAACCGUACAUACGUCGGGUCCAACGAUUUUCAAAUCUCUAUUCAUCGCCAUUGAAGAGAGUGACUUUGGAGAGAAGGAGGCAAUGCCAUGGAUUGACGUUAUAUGUGGUGUUUUAACCAGUAUAGUUCAUCAUACAACCCCGGAGACGAUCAAAGAGAUCCUUGAACUAGUACUGGAGGAAGCAAACACUAUCACCCAUUCUUUUACACAGUCAAAGACGAUGUAUGAUUUCAACAAACUUUUACUUUCAGCGCGAACCAUAGGGAUUCUAGCUGGUGUUCGACGAGCUUCGAGAGUUCAGAAUUGGCCAGCUUUGUUACAGGCGCUAUCUAAUAUUUUAAAGACAGUGUCCAAGAACGCAUCUUUUGUGGCAGCCGACGACAAACAUUUGGAUUUGUGGAAAUACCUCAUUGAGAGCAUAGCUAUUGCUCUGACAUAUUCUCCAAUGGACUCUACGAUUCCUUUUAUUGCUCCUUUCAUGGAUGCCCUGACCAAGGAUCCGUUGGCCAAAUGGUUCUUGACAUUUUGCUCAUAUUUGUCACAAGGAGAGCCUGGACGCUUCCAAACUAUUGCGUUGCCUUACUUCAAAAGAUUCGUUGUCACGCACUGGUCUGACGCGGAAAAUGGAGAUACCUUGUGUGUAUUAUUACCAAAGAUGGUCGCCUCAGGAGUACUUCCAAGUCAACAUGGAAAGGACGCAUUUUCGUUGCCUCAGUCUUGGCAGGACCAGAUUGUCAGCAAAUUUGAACGAUUAGAACUACAACCUUUCCCAGAACAGGUAUCGCCAGCUACAUAUAAUCGCAGCCCAAAAACAUGGCAUGAUCGAUGUUUACCUAAAUAUAAUGCUCUGUUAGAAAUCUUGGAGUGCACUGCUGUGCAUCCUUCAACGAACGCAAGAAUUUCGGAAAUCCUACUUCGCAAGCUCAAACUUGCACUUAGACCAUCUUCUUCACUUGCGCCAGAGGAAGCUCAUUUUAUCGUUGGUCGAGGGUUCAGUGCUUUCUCUCGCAUGACAAAAGGAACUGGUGAGACUGAUAGGGCUUUGGAGCCAUUAUUACGCGCAGCAGCCCCUCGAUAUGCCCGAUUGCCGAAUUUCCUCGAAGCUUUACUAGGCUAUAAAGCCAGUCUCAAAUUGUCUCCUAAACCCGACGGUGGCAAAUCAGACGAGGAAGAGGAUACGAGUGACUCUGACGCCGAGUUCGACCUCUUGGUACGAUCCUUAGUAGAGAAUCUUUCAUCCGAAUCUAGCGAAUUACGCCUUCUUUCUUUGCGACUACUGGAGCAUAUUCAUGACACUGAUCAUGGAAAGUCUUCGGAAGCAAUUACACUCAUGAUCAUGAUUGAGCAGACUCCAAUGGAUUUGCAAUCUGCUCGUUCCGCUUCUAUGCAUAUUCGCAAGCUUGCUUCAAUCUAUACUUCACAGAUGGCGAUACCUUGGAUGAAAUAUGCUAUACCAUCAUUCUGUUUUGGUAUGCUUACUGUGAAGAUGGCGCAAAUCUGGGACGAUGCUAGUGCUGCCCUCAAACAGAUCUCAGAAUCGAAAGUUGGUGAGGAAGCAGUUGCCGUAUUGACAUUCAAAUGGUUAGAGACACCAUCAGUAAGAUGGAGCGGGCCACCCGCUCCCAUGCAAAAGGAUCAAAAUAAUGGAUUGACCGACUUUGAGUGCUCUAAUUUGAAUAACUUGGACAAACUUGCUAAAGAGACUGAAUCGGAAGUUCUCAAUGCACGUGAUACUAUGCUUCAAAAAUUCGAGGUUGCUCAACAACUGGUGGAUGCCCAACCAAACACUGCUAGAUCUCAGGCUCUUCGUGUUUUGGCUGCCAUUCCUAUGAUUGGUGAAAGGCGAUCUCGACAGCUCAUUCCAAUGUUCCUUUCUUGGGCUGGCAAAGCCUCCGAAGAGAUUGAUCAGACCGGUGAUGAAGACGAGGCUGUUGUAAGCGACUGGACAAGAAAAGAUCAGAAGGCUCUCUUGGAUGUCUUGGGCCUCUUUGGUAACCCGAAGUCUAUUUUCAAGACAGAUGAGGUUUACGAAGCACUUUUAAGGUUAUUGGCGAAUGGUGACAUUGAAACCCAAAAAGCUGCUCUGAAAGCCGUCUUGACAUGGAGGAACAAGAGCAUCAAACCUUACUCUGAGAACCUCUUGAAUCUACUGGACGAAGCUCGCUUUAAAGACGAAAUCACAAUUCUCCUUCAGGGACAAACCCUGGUUCAACCUGAGCAUCGCGAAGCACUCAUGCCAGUUCUCCUCAGAUUACUCUAUGGACGUACAAUCUCUCGAAAAGGCGCUGCGAGUGGAAAGCAAGGGAUGGAGGCAAGAAGACUGACGGUGCUGAGAAAUUUGAGCGUUGAAGAUAUUGGAGGCUUUUUGGAUAUUGCCCUUGGUGAUCUCAAGGAUUUAGAUUUGGUGAAGGAUGGAGCAGUCCAAAUGUCAAUCUUUGAAAAGGAGUUGUUGGGUGCAAGGAAGCAAGUUGGUUUCACAAAUAUGAUGGAGUCAGUAUUGAAGGAAUUAGCCACUAAAGUUGUGCCUCUCACUCGAAAAUUACUGGAAGCUGUCUUGUAUUGUACAGUAAUUGCCACACGACAACUACAGGGGGAGCAUGUUGAAGAAACUGAAGAUGAGGAAAUUUCCAGCAAAGUUUCUCUUUUCAAAGUUGUUCGACAGACUGGGUUGAAGUGUCUCGUGCUAUUGUUCAACAACUCGACAGAUUUUGACUGGUCUCCCUAUAUGGAUCUCAUUGUGACCGAAAUUGUCCUACCAAGACUCGAUAACUUACCAAUCGAAACAGCUCAGGGUAUCUCCGGUCUCCUUAGAUUGUUUUCCGUCUGGUCAUCUUCGAUGAAGACAGUGUUACUUCUUGGUAGCCACGAAAAAAUCUUACCAAAGGUAGCAGAGUGUUUAGCACCACCAAAAUCAAAGGAUGAAGUCAAACUCUUUGCUCUUUCCAUCAUCAGGGGUGUCAUUAAAUGUGCACAAGAGGAAGGGGCAGAGGGUGACUCAGUAAAGCAAGAGCUUCUGAAUUCUAACAUGGAUCAAUGUCUGAUUCAAAUCGGAACGAUUCUACGCGAUCAGAACGACAUGAGCAAAAACCUAUUGGAAGGUUGCGUCGAAACUGUUUCCGAGUUGGCGCCUUUCGUAUCGACUUCCACUCAAGGUCGCAACUUGGUGGAUGUAUCUGUAUUCCUACUUGAUCAACCCUCGCGUAGGGUUACCCCUAAGACGAAAGCGGGCUUACUUCUGGUUCUGGAGCAUUUUGUACCUCUCUAUGAUCUCCAAAACGAUGUUGACCUCAGGGAUCGAGUUUAUCAUACUAUCACUUCCUUGUUUGGUUUCUUCAAAGACAAGAUUAGUAGAGAGGUAUUAUCACGAGUACUAUUGGUGUACUCAGACAAAGAUCCUGUCUUGAAAGAAGUAGCUGCCUUGUGUUCAGAUCUCAACUCUUUUGCCCAAGGACGGCUUGAUGAACCAGAUUACGAUCGCCGAGUGAAGGCUUUCCACGCCAUUAACGCCAAGAGAGAUGUUGAUUUCAAUUCUCAUCAGUGGUCACCGCUACUUUUCAACAUGCUCUUUUAUAUCAAGCACGAUGAGGAACACGGAGUAUUGUCAUCAAACUCUUCUGAUGGAAUCCGUCGAUUUAUUGAAACAGCUAAAGAUGCCAAGCAAACUUCAGAGUUCCCAGCUUUUCAAAACAUGCUUUCCACAAUCUUAAUUCCAGCUCUAUUUGCUGGUGUUCGUGAGCCUUCGGAAAUGGUUCGUCGUGAAUACAUGAACGUUAUGGCUCAUCUGGUCCGUAAUUUCUCAGAUUGGUCUCAAGUUAGCGACAUGCACAAUCUUCUGGCUGGUGAAGACGAGACAGAAUCCUCGUUUUUCAACAACAUUAUCGCAGCAGGUAAAGGCAGGCAAUCUAGUGCUCUGGGAAUGCUUUCUUCUGCUGCCGAGAAAGGAGAAUUAAGUAGCAAGAACGUCAGCCACUUUUUCAUCCCUCUCAUCGAACAUUUUAUCUUCGAUAGAGCCGAAGGCAACGAUGCACAUAAUCUUGCUGCUGAAGCUACGACGACUGUUGGAAUUCUUGCAGGGUCGCUAGAGUGGCCGCAAUAUCGUGCUCUUCUGAAACGUUUUAUUGGAUAUGUUCAGGCCAAACCUGAUCUUGAGAAACAGAUCAUCCGUCUUCUUGGCAAAGUUAUUGAUUCUUUAGCACUUGCCGCUCAACCACUCGUUGACACUGACAUGGAGACUGAUGUUCCUAAGAAAACAUGCAAAUUGGCCACCACUAUGCCUAAAGAGCCGAAGUUUUCUGAUGAUCUCAUUACCAAUAUCUUGCCACCAUUGACAGACUAUCUCCAUGAUAAGGAUGAAUCGACAGUCAGCUUGCGAGUUCCUGUUGCGGUCAUCAUUGUUAGGCUUCUCAAACUAUUGCCAGAAGAGAAAAUGACAGAACGACUUCCAGCAGUCUUGACUGAUAUUUGUCACAUUCUCCGCAGUAAAGCACAAGAAUCCCGGGAUCUUACUAGGGAUACUUUAGUAAAGAUUUGCGUUUUACUUGGUCCUUCUUGCUUCGGAUUUGUGUUAAGAGAACUCCGAAGUGCGCUAGCAAGAGGUUCCCAGCUUCAUGUACUGUCAUACACUAUGCAUUCCAUGUUGGUAGCUACGACACCAGAAUACGCACCGGGUGACCUUGAUUAUUGCCUGCCUUCAAUCAUUGCAAUCAUCAUGGACGAUAUUUUUGGUGCAACAGGACAAGAAAAGGACGAGGAAGGAUAUAUCAGCAAGAUGAAAGAAGUCAAGAGCAGUAAAAGUCAUGAUUCUAUGGAACUGAUAGCCAAGACAGCUACUCUGAGCCGACUGACAGACUUGAUUCAUCCAAUUCGAGUAUUGCUGAAGGAGAAGCUGAACAUUCGGAUGGUUCGCAAAAUUGAUGAACUUUUGAACAGGAUCAGUUCUGGACUACUCAAAAAUACAGCUGCCGGAAGUCGUGAUAGCUUGGUCUUCUGUUAUGAAGUUAUUCAAGAUGUUUACAAUAGUCGAAAACCUCAAGAAAAGGCGAGCAGAGACGAUUAUCGAUUCAAACGCUACUUACUACAAAAGGGUGCCAAACGUGGUGGUGAACGCGGUGCUACGACAGUCUAUACCUUCAAGCUUAUCAAAUUUGCCUUUGAUGUCAUGAGAUCUGUCGUCAAGAAGUACGAUUCAAUUCGAACACCUAGCAACCUUGCAGGCUUCAUCCCAAUGAUUGGCGACGCGGUUGCUGAAGGAGAGGAGGAAGUAAAGGUUGCGGCCUUCAAAUUACUUAGCACCAUUGUCAAGGUUCCACUCAAAAUUGAUGGUGAUGGAACAAAUCUUUACCGGGUCGCGGUAGAUGAAGCCAUCAAAUGUGUAGCCUCAUCCUCCUCAACAACUUCGGAUAUUGCUCAAGCAUCCUUGAAUUUACUCUCGGUCGUUCUCAGAGACCGAAAAGAUGUUCCGGUCAAAAGUAGAUCGAUUGAUGAUAUCUUGAAGAAAAUGAAGGAUGACAUUACAGAACCAGAGCGACGACAUAUUACGUUCAAGUUCUUGAGAUCUGUGCUGGACUCAAAGAUUGAGACGGCUGUAGUAUAUGACACUCUGGACUAUGUCAGCACGGUCAUGGUAACAAAUGACGACAAAGAUACAAGAGAUCUGGCACGCGGCGCAUUCGUUCAGUUCCUCAGAGAAUUUCCACAAAAGAAGAGUCGAUGGAACAAACAAUUAGAAUUUAUCGUAGCAAAUCUAAAGUACGAUAGAGAGGGUGGAAGAAUGUCCAUACUCGAAGUCAUUCUUCUCCUUUUGACAAAGACUUCGGAUGAUAUUGUUCAAGAGGUCGCAGCAUCUAGUUUUGUGCCUUUGAUCUCGGUCAUUGCCAACGAUGAAAGCGAAAAGUGUCGUAUGGUAGCCGGAGAAGUCCUCAAGGAGACAUUCAAGAGAGCGGAUGAAAGCCGCAUGACGGAUUUCCUUACCAUUUUGCAAUCACUCGUUAAGCAAAACAAGACUUCGGCUGUCCGGGUAGCGCUACAAACGUAUGCAUUGUAUUUCGAAUCUCGAUCCGAUAUGGAAGAUUCAAAUAUAAAUUUCGUACUCGGUACUGUUUCGAAGAUCCUGGAAACUCCAGACGAUGAUGAAGAAGAUUAUUGGCAAUUAAUCUACACUUCCCUCGAACUUGGUGGGACUAUGUGUCAGAAAUUCCCAGAGAAACUUUUCUCUUCGAAGACUGCAUCUUUAUGGUCUGCGGUACGAGCAUGCCUUUCAUAUCCGCAUACAUGGGUGAAAGUAGGUGCGACAAGACUUAGCAGCAUAUACUUUGCAGACAUUGCAAGAACCAAUGCUGAAGCUGGUCUAGAAGGCUUACCACUCAGGGGCUCAGGUGGUCUCCAACUCAAUGGAGAUGAUAUCUCUGAUUUCAUUCACCGCAUCGUUAGGAUGUUCAGGGGACCAAUUCUCACACAAGUACUCGCGGAUGAAGUUGUCAAGAAUCUUAUUUUCCUCGGUCGCUGCGCCGCUUCCAAUAAUCUCAAACAAAAACCCAAAGCAGAUGCCGAAGAUGAAGAUCUAGACGUCGAAGCCGAUGUCGAACAAUCAGGAGAGUCUAAUGCUUCAAACAGUGUCCUGCAAUAUCUUUUCAGUCGCGUAUCCUUCGUCUUGAGAAGAGAAACUCAUCCAGCCACUGCAGACAACUUGAUCCCCAAGACUUCUGCUCUUCAACUUCUCGAAAUCUUGUGCAGUAAAUUGGAGCCUGAAUCGUUGGUUCCCUCGCUGAGAACUAUCAUUCUCCCUCUGCAUAAUCUCACGGAUCCUUCCAUUCAUAUGCCGUACUCCACCGAUGAACUCUUCCGCAAUAAUUACGAGGCCCUCAAAUCGUCGAGUGAAGAGCUGUUGGAGACGUUGAAGAGGAAGGUCGGAACCCAGGAGUACACAGAUGCGUUGCUGAAGGUGAGGGAGGGGGUUAAGGAGAGGAGAGCGCAGAGGAGUGGAAAGAGAAAGAUCGAGGCGGUUAGUAUGCCGGAGAAAUUUGGAGAGGAGAAGAGGAAGAAGACGGAGAGGAAGAAGGAGAGGAGGAAGGAGAAGGGGGAGAUGUUUAGUAAGAAGAGGAAUAUGUGGUAG